AUGAGUCAAGUCCACUUAUCAAUAGAACAAAUCAAUGUCCGCAUCGAAGAGCUCACAACCCAAUUGCAAGAAAUAAAAUCAGAUCCUGAACAAAAAUCAAAAAAACUCCGCAUUUAUCGUCAGCUGUCUAAGCUUAAUAAAGCUCUAAAAGACCCAACCAAGCGAAAAGAUCCUGAAGUAGUAAAAGCUGAAAUAGCCAGACGACAGGCAAAAAAACAGAAAAAAAUACAAAAUCUCGAAAUGAAACACAAAAAACAAGAAGAAUUAAAGCACGUUCCAAAAAAUCAAGAAAAAUUAACCUGUAUCAAUUGCAAACAGCAUGGUCAUGUAUAAACUGAUUAUUUUAUUAAAAAAUAAACAUUUUCUGUCCUUAAAAAUAAUUUAAUCAAUUUAAACAGAAUAAUUAAAAAUUGCCCACUAUUAGACAAGCGAGAAGUUUAUUGCUAUUCUUGUGGAUCAAGAAAGCACACAUCAAAAGACUGCACUGAAUCUGGGUACAAAUUUGCGACUUGUUUCUAUUGUAAUGGAACUGGUCACCUUGCUAGCCACUGCUCACAAAAGCCAGAGCAGGGAAUUUAUCCAAAUGGAGGAGGUUGCCAUAGAUGUGGAUCAGUUUGGCAUUUGGCAAAAAAUUGUCCAGAUAAUAGAAAUAAAGCAUAA